CUUCUUUUCUCUGAAAGUCACUAUACUACAAAAUGUAUCCAAGACGUCGUAUGCCAAUCGCUAGAACUGCCUUGGUGAUUGGAGCCACCAGCCAUGUGGCUAGGAACGCGGCUCGACAAGAGAACAUGGCAGCGGAAAAUGCUUACUACAGAGAUCAAGCAAGACAGCAAGAAAUGAAUCAACAAGCACAGAUGCAAGCACAACAGCAAGCACAGAUGCAAGCACAGCAGGCACAACAGCAAGCUCUGCAAGCACAACAGCAAGCCGCUGCAACUGAAGAAGCUGUCAGAAGAGGAAUUGCGCAGCAUGAAGAGCAAAGGAGAAGAGCGGAACAGCAGAAUUUACCACCACCAUACCAAGGACAAAAUUACGACCAAAACUAUGGAUCACCUCAUGGACAAAACUAUGGGCCACCAUCACCACAAAACUAUGGACCAUCACCUACCGGACAAAAUAAUAACACACAAGCUGUUGUGACUUGCGAUCAGUGCAAGAAAGCCAACCAGGUUUCCAGUUCAUUCUGCUCAAAUUGCGGAAAUAAGUUGGUACAUUAAACGUAAGCGCUGUCCUUCGCCGCCGCUUACAUUAUACGGCAGGCCUUAGCAUUUCAAUAAUAUCAUUUAUAUCUUUAACCAAGCGGACGGUAUUCACAUGAGUGGUGUGUUUUAAUGAACAGCAAAUAAAGGUUUCUUGUAUUUCAAUAGUAAACCGCU